GCCGAGGACGCGCCGGCCCCGCUCAAGGUCUCUCCCUCGCUCUCUCCGUACCGUCACCUGACGCGGGGUGCUUAGGGGCUCCGGGCACCUUUCUGUGUCCCUUCCCUCGAUCAGCCGCGACUCCGCAACCCAGCCGCCGCCGCCGCUGCGGCCACCGCCCCAGGGGACCUACGGACAGAAGGCCGGCCGCAGGAGGGUGCGCAGCGCCCGACCAGAGCGACCCCUCCGGUGCGCAGCGAGACCCAGGCCUCCGGGCCCCGGGAUUCCCGGCCGCCUCACCAGGUGCACGAGACUGAAGUUCUUGGAGGAGGGAGUCCAACUCUUCAAGGUGAACUAUGACCACUUUAUUCUUCGUUUUUGUGACUUUGAGGGUCAUCACAGCUGCCAUCUUAGAAGAAGCUUCAGCGGACCACGACAAUGCGUUGAGUGUGAGCAUCCCUCAACCAUCCCCGCUGAAAGUCCUCCUGGGGACCUCCGUCACCAUCCCCUGCUACUUCAUCGAUCCCAUGCACCCUGUGACCACUGCCCCCUCCACCGCCCCCCUCUCCCCGAGGAUCAAGUGGAGUCGCAUUUCCAAGGAGAAGGAAGUGGUCCUGCUGGUGGCCACUGAGGGGCGUGUGAGGGUCAACAGCGCUUACCAGGACAGGGUCUCUCUGCCCAGCUACCCAGCCAUCCCCAGCGAUGCCACCUUGGAAAUCCAGCACCUGCGCUCCAACGACUCCGGGAUCUAUCGCUGCGAGGUGAUGCACGGCCUUGAGGACAGUGAGGCCACCCUGGAGGUCCUGGUGAAAGGCAUCGUGUUCCACUACAGAGCCAUCUCCACGCGCUACACCCUGGACUUCGACAGGGCCCAACGGGCCUGCCUACAGAACAGUGCCAUCAUCGCGACACCCGAGCAGCUCCAGGCCGCCUACGAGGACGGCUUCCACCAAUGUGACGCGGGCUGGCUGGCUGACCAGACUGUGCGGUACCCCAUCCACACUCCCCGAGAAGGCUGCUACGGGGACAAGGACGAGUUCCCAGGGGUGAGAACCUAUGGUAUCCGGGACACCAACGAGACCUACGACGUGUACUGCUUCGCCGAGGAGAUGGAGGGCGAGGUCUUCUACGCAACAUCCCCGGAGAAGUUCACCUUCCAGGAAGCUGCCAGCGAGUGCCGACGGCUGGGCGCGCGCCUGGCCACCACAGGCCAGCUCUACCUGGCCUGGCAGGGAGGCAUGGACAUGUGCAGCGCUGGCUGGCUAGCUGACCGCAGUGUGCGCUACCCCAUCUCCAAGGCCCGGCCCAACUGUGGGGGCAACCUCCUGGGCGUGAGGACCGUCUACCUGCAUGCCAACCAGACCGGGUACCCCGACCCCUCAUCCCGCUACGACGCCAUCUGCUACACAGGUGAAGACUUUGUGGACAUCCCAGAAAAUUUCUUCAGUGUGGGUGGUGAGGAGGACAUCACCAUCCAGACAGUCACCUGGCCCGAUAUGGAGCUGCCUCUGCCCCGAAACAUCACAGAGGGGGAAGCCCGUGGCAACGUGAUCCACACAGUGAAACCGGACUUCGAGGUCUCCCCUACCGACCUGGAGCCCGAGAAGUCCUUCACGUUUGCCCCUGACAUGGAGGUCACAGCCUUCCCUGAGGCUGAGAAUGGGACUGAGGAGAUCACCAAGCCCUGGGGCUUUCCUGAGGAAUCCCGCCCUACAUCCUUCACCAGUGAGGACCUGGUUGUGCCGGUGACCAUUGCCCCCGGAGCAGCCGAGGUCCCUGGGCAGCUGGGUGGGGUCGUGUUCCACUAUCGGCCCGGCUCCACCCGCUACUCGCUGACCUUCGAGCAGGCGCAACAGGCCUGCCUGAGUGCGGGCGCUGUCAUGGCCUCCCCGGAGCAGCUCCAGGCAGCCUACGAGGCAGGCUAUGAGCAGUGCGACGCCGGCUGGCUGCAGGACCAGACCGUCAGGUACCCCAUUGUGAGCCCACGGACGCCGUGUGUGGGUGACAAGGACAGCAGCCCCGGAGUGAGGUCCUACGGUAUCCGUCCAUCUUCAGAAACCUAUGACGUCUACUGCUAUGUGGACAAGCUCGAAGGGGAGGUGUUCUUCACCACGCGCCCGGAACAGUUCACCUUCCAUGAGGCGCUGGCAUUCUGUGAAUCCCAAAACGCCUCACUGGCCACCACUGGCCAGCUCUACGCGGCCUGGGUGCGUGGCCUGGACAAGUGCUAUGCAGGCUGGCUGGCAGACGGCACCCUCCGCUACCCCAUCGUCACCCCGCGGCCAGCUUGCGGCGGGGACAAGCCAGGUGUGAGGACUGUCUACCUCUAUCCCAACCAGACUGGCCUCCCGGACCCGCUGUCCCGCCACCACGCCUUCUGCUUCCAAGGUGUUCCAGGGGUGCCCUCUCCAGGAGAAGAGGAGAGUGGCACACCCACACCCCAAGCAGGCCUGGAGGACUGGAUCAUCACCCGAGCGGUGCCUGGUGUGGCCGUUAUUCCUUUAAGAGAGGAGACAACUGCAGUCCUAGACUUCACCACUGGGCCAGAAAACCAGACGGAAUGGGAACCGGUCUACACCACAAUGGGCCUCUCCCCUCUGCCAGGGGUCCCAUCCCUAUGGCCUCCCACCGGCACAGCAGCAGAGGAGAGCACAGAGGGCCCGGGGGGAACUGCAGUACCAUCCGCCUGGGAAGCACCUUCCUUCUCUCAGGAGCCAUAUACACCUUCUCCUGCAAUGCCCAGUGCCACUGAGCUGCCAGACUUCCAGGAGGCAUCUGAGGCCCCUGAUGUCAGUGGUGCUUUCACAGACAGUGGAGAAGCUCCAGGAGCCACUGCAAGUGGACUGCCCUCUGGAGACCUUGACUCCAGUGUUCUCACCCCUACAGUAGUCUCCAGCCUGCCCCCAGGAUAUGAAGACAGAAUUGAGUGGUCCAGCAUUCCUACUAUUGAAGUGCUGCCCACGGGAGCUGAAGACCUAGAAAGCUCUGCCCCUGGGGUAUGGGACGGCAGCAGGCUUCCUUCUGGAGAGGAAGUUCUAGAGACUUCUACCUCUGGAGCAGGGGAAGUCAGUGGAUUUCCUUCAGGAGGAGAAGCUCUAGAAACUUCUGCUUCUGGAGUAGAAGUCAGUGGACUUCCUUCAGGAGAAAUUGUAGAGACCUCCACCUCUGGUAUAGGGGAAGUCAGUGGGCUUCCUUCUGGAGAAGAAGUUCUAGAGACUUCUGCCUCUGGAGUAGAGGAAGUGAGUGGAUUUCCUUCUGGAGAAGGUCUAGAGACUUCUACCUCUGGAAUAGGGGAAGUCAGUGGGCUUCCUUCUGGAGAAGUUCUAGAGACUUCUACCUCUAGUAUAGGGGAAGUCAGUGGACUUCCUUCUGGAGAAGUUCUAGAGACCUCCACCUCUGGAAUAGGGGAAGUCAGUGGGCUUCCUUCUGGAGAAGAAGUUCUAGAGACUUCUACCUCUAGUAUAGGGGAAGUCAGUGGGCUUCCUUCUGGAGAAGAAGUUCUAGAAACUUCUACCUCUGGAAUAGGGGAAGUCAGUGGGCUUCCUUCUGGAGAAGUUCUAGAGACUUCUACCUCUGGUAUAGGGGAAGUCAGUGGGCUUCCUUCUGGAGAAGUUCUAGAGACUUCUACCUCUAGUAUAGGGGAAGUCAGUGGACUUCCUUCUGGAGAAGUUCUAGAGACCUCCACCUCUGGUAUAGGGGAAGUCAGUGGGCUUCCUUCUGGAGAAGAAGUUCUAGAGACUUCUACCUCUGGUAUAGGUGAAGUCAGUGGGCUUCCUUCUGGAGAAGAAGGUCUAGAAACUUCUGCCUCUGGAGUAGAGGAAGUGAGUGGAUUUCCUUCUGGAGAAGGUCUAGAGACUUCUACCUCUGGAAUAGGGGAAGUCAGUGGGCUUCCUUCUGGAGAAGAAGUUCUAGAGACUUCUACCUCUGGUAUAGGGGAAGUCAGUGGGCUUCCUUCUGGAGAAGAAGGUCUAGAAACUUCUGCCUCUGGAGUAGGCGAUAUCAGUGGACUUCCUUCAGGAGAUCUAGAGACUUCAGCCUCUGGAGUGGAGGAUAUAAGUGUGCUUCCUACUGGAAGAGAAGGUCUAGAGACCUCUGCCUCUGGAGUGGAAGAUGUCAGUGGGUUUCCUUCUGGAGAAGAGGGUCUAGAGACUUCUACCUCUGGAAUAGAGGAUAUCAGCAGGUUUCCUUCUGGAGAAGGUAUAGAGACAUCUGUUUCUGGAGGAGGGGAUGACCUCAGUGGACUUUCUUCUGGAAGAGAGAGUUUAGAGACCUCAGCUUUUGGAGCAGAGGACCUCAGUGGGUUGCAUUCUGGAAAAGAAGACUUGGUAGGAUCUGCUUCUGGAGACCUGGCCUUUGGUCAGCUGCCUUCUGAAACUGUCGGAAGUGGACAAGCUCCAGACACAAGUGGUCUUCCAUCUGGAUUUAGUGGUGAGUAUUCUGGAGUGGACUUUGGAAGUGCCCCAUCCUCUGGCCUGCCUGACUUUAGUGGACUUCCAUCCGGGUUCCCAACAGUCUCCCUAGUGGAUUCUACAUUGGUGGAAGUGGUCACAGCCACCAGUGCAAGUGAAUUGGAAGGGAGGGGAACCAUUGGCAUCAGUGGCACAGGAGAAGCAUCUGGGCUGCCCUUUGAUGACCUGGACAUUAGUGGGAGAACAAGUGGACUCUCUUCAGGAACUGAAGUCAGUGGCCAAGCAUCUGGAUCUCUUGACACCAGUGGAGAAACAUCUGGAUUCUUUGGUGUUAGUGGACAGCCAUCUGAGUUUUCUGACAUCAGUGGGGGAACAUCUGGGAUUUCUGAAGUCAGUGGGCAGCCUUCAGGAUUUCCUUACCCCAGUGGGGAGACAUCUGGAGUGACAGAGCUCAGUGAACUGCCCUCCGGACAACCAGAUGUCAGUGGAGAAGCAUCUGGAGUUCUUUUUGGCAGUGGCCAACCAUUCGGUAUAACAGACCUGAGUGGAGAAACAUCCACAGGGCCUGAUCUCAGUGGACAGUCAUCAGGACUGCCAGAGGUCAGCGGGACAACACCGGGAAUCCUUGACCUGGUUUCUGGUACUAUGAGUGGCAGUGGGGAAUCUUCUGGCAUUACAUUUGUGGACACCAGUGUGAUGCAAGUGACUCCUACUACAUUUAAAGAGGAAGAAGGCUUAGGAUCCGUGGAGUUUAGUGGCUUCCCUUCCGGGGAGACGGAUCUGUCAGGCACAUCUGGGGGAGUGGACAUCAGUGAACAAUCUUCUGGAACAAUCGAUUCCAGUGGGUUUACAUCCCCAGCUCCAGAACUCAGUGGCUUACCGAGUGGAGUAGCUGAGGUCAGUGGAGAUUUCUCUGGAGCUGAGGCUGGGAGCAGUCUGCCCUCAGGAGCAUACGAUGGCAGUGGACUUCCAUCUGGGUUCCCCACCAUCUCUCUUGUAGACAGAACCUUGGUGGAAUCUGUAACGCAGAGUCCAACCGCCCAAGAAGCUGGCGAAGGGUCUUCAGGCAUUUUGGAACUCAGUGGUGCUUCUUCUGGAGCACCAGAAGUGUCUGGAGACCAGUCUGGAUUUUUGGACCAAAGCGGGCUGCAAUCUGGGCUGGUAGAACCCAGCAGAGAGCCACCGAGUACUCCAUAUUUUAGUGGAGACUUUUCCAGCACUGCUGAUGUAAGUGGAGAAUCCUCUGCAGCCACCAGCAGCAGCGGGGAGACCUCGGGACUUCCAGAAGUCACAUUAAUCACUUCUGAGUUGGUGGAGGGUGUAACAGAAGCAACUGUUUCCCAGGAACUCGGCCAAAGGCCCCCUAUGACAUACACACCCCAGCUUUUUGAGGCCAGUGGGGAAGCAUCUGGCUCUGGGGACAUUAGUGGAGCAACAUCAACAUUCCCUGGCCCUGGAGUAGAGGCAUCGUCAGUCCCAGAAGGCAGCAGUGAGUCAUCUGCCUAUCCUGAGGCUGGCGUGAGGGCAUCUGCUGUCCCUGUGGCCAGUGGAGAGGUGUCUGGGUCGCCUGAUUCAAGUGAAACCACCUCUGCCCUCCAUGAAGCAGAUCUUGAUCAAGCCUCAGGCCUAGGCGUAAGCAGCAGACCCUGGACCUUUCUGGGAGGCCCCCAGGAGGGGUCAGCUGCCCCAGAAGUGAAUGAAAAGUCAAUCACCACCUCCCAGGUGGACAUAGAGGCCUCUAGCCCACCUUUGGCUACUGCUGUGGCUUCUGGGGACAGGACUGAAACCAGCGGAGAACUGUCUGUGCACAGCCCAGGGCUGGAUGUCACCAUCAGCACCGGCGCCCCAGAGACCCAGUGGACCCAGCACCCUGCAGAGGUGCAUCUAGAAGUCGAGUCCUCAAGCCCUUUGUACUCGGGAGAAGAGACCCACACGGCUGAAACAGCCACCUUCCCGACAGACGCCACCGCUCCCACUUCGUCAGAGGGAUCCGGAGAAGCAGAAACCUCCAUGGCAGCCCCUGCCAGGUCCUGUGCAGAAAAGCCCUGUGGCACUGGGACCUGCCAGGAGACAGAGGAAUGUGUCAUAUGUCUCCAGCCACCUGGCUGGACCUCACACCUUCCCGUGGACAUUGAUGAGUGCCUCUCAAGCCCUUGUCUGAAUGGAGCCACCUGCGUGGACACCAUGGACUCUUUCACAUGCUUAUGCCUUCCCAGCUACGGAGGGGACCUGUGUGAGAUCGACCAGGAGGUAUGCGAGGAGGGCUGGACCAAAUUCCAAGGCCACUGCUACCGCCACUUCCCUGACCAGGAGACCUGGGUGGAUGCCGAGAGGCGGUGUCGGGAGCACCAGUCACAUCUCAGCAGCAUCAUCACCCCUGAGGAGCAGGAGUUCGUCAACAGAAAUGCCCAGGACUACCAGUGGGUUGGCCUGAAUGACAGGACCAUCGAAGGAGACUUCCGCUGGUCAGAUGGACACCCCUUGCAAUUUGAGAAGUGGCGUCCCAACCAGCCCGACAACUUCUUCACCACGGGUGAGGACUGCGUGGUGAUGAUCUGGCACGAGAAGGGCGAGUGGAACGAUGUCCCCUGCAAUUACCACCUGCCGUUCACAUGUAAAAAGGGCACAGUGGCCUGCAAAGACCCCCCUAUGGUGGAGCACGCCAGGACCCUGGGGCACAGGAAGGACCGGUAUGAGAUCAACUCCCUGGUGCGGUACCAGUGCACGGAGGGCUUUGUCCAGCGCCACAUCCCCACCAUCCGGUGCCAGCCCAGCGGGCACUGGGAGGAGCCUCGAAUCACCUGCACAGACCCCACUACCUACAAGCGCCGACUACAGAAGCGGAGCUCCCGGCAGAGCCGCCAGCACUUGGGCCACUGAGAGGAGCUUCAGGGACCACCCAGGACGCUGAGCCCAGGAGCCCACCAGGCGGACCAGACUGCGCAUCCCCCCACCCGAUGGUGUCCUCUUCUUGUUGCUUUUUAUCAUUUAAGGAAUCCCAUUAAAGAAGGAAAAAAUAAACCCCACAUUGUGUGUGCACCCACCAGCCCCCAAAUCACCAAAACCACAUCUAAUUUGUCCCCCGAAUGCCAAAGCAAAGCGAGCUCAUCGCACCCUCGGACUGAGUUUAGAGACAUUUCUUCAGUUUCCCAUCGUGCCUUUCCAGGGACCAGCGCAGGGACAGGGGGAGAAGGGAAGGGGUUAAGUUAAAUAAAGAAGAUUAUUUUUUGUUUCCUGAUUGUAUCCAAGAGCAGUGCAAUGGUUGGUUAUUUCACCUCCAGGGAGAGCUAAGGUGGAGGGAGGGGGUGGCAAGGAGCUGGAAGGGGCAGAGGCCUGAGGCCAGGACUCAGACCCUAUGACCACAGCUGAAUGUAAGGGACACAGAGAGCCAGGAGGGUCACAUCAUCUGUGACAACAGAAGCCCCGGGAGCCAGCAAGGAGAGAGCCACACCGGAAGGACCUUCUGCAACAUUGGGGUCACCUCCCUCCAAGGGUCCCCCUUCCAGUGUCCUCUCACCCAGUCAGCCACCCUAGCAGGUGUCAUCUCUCUGCAGGGCUGGGUGGGGACACAUCCUUCCCAGGGGUGCUGCCCCCCCCUCCCCCACCCUCGGGACGGUGCAGGCACCAGGGUUCCGUGCACCUAUUUAUAUUUUUGAAAACUAAAGAUUAUGAUAAUUAUAAUAAUAAAGACAUUGGAAGAGA